AUGAUUCAUUGCAAAGAACAAGGGUCACCCACCCAUAGGAGCCUGUGGGUGGGCAACAUCUGCUACAGGUUGAUAAGAUCAAUCAAUGUUGUGUCUGGCAGAUAUGGCAUAUUUGUACACACUGCAGUGUACUCAUUACAUCAAGGGGAUGCUGCAAAAUCUGGACCUUGCAGCAUCAACCAGUGGAUACUAGAGAUCCUGAUGUUCCAUUUCAACCUUGUACACAUCCCUGGAACCUCCCAUGGGCUUAUGCUGGUGACGAGCCAGCCAAGGACAGCGACAAAUUUAAGGACUGGAUUGACUGUAUGGGUUCAUUCACCACAUGGUACCAAUUCCAUGCUCAGUCUCUCUUUCAGAGGUGCUGCACUAUGA